UCGAGCUGAGCACAACACAACCCUUUCGGCUCCGCCUGACGAGCAAAGCACGUGUUUCCGCUCGCUCGGCGAUGUUUCUCCGCUCGCUGUGAACGAAUUCCUUGUUCCUCGCGCAAGACUUGCCCAAUUUGAUGGACUUUUUGGCCGCUGUGCUCAGCAGGCAAGUGGCCGCUUGACUUUCCUUUCCAACCUGUUCGGGGAUCCAGCAAGUGGGCUCCGAACACGUGGCACACAAACGUCAACAACACGAUGAUGAUCAGGCUCCAGUUCUUCUGCCUCGCGACCCUCGUCGUCUUUGGAGGGGUCGACGGCCUUUUCGACACGCAGGGCCCCAACUUUGUGGUGGAGCCGCCGCCCCGGCUCGAAUUCACCAACAGCCACGGUGGCAGGGUGGACUGCCUGGCUCAGGGCAACCCUGAGCCCAAGGUUGAGUGGGUCUCGGCCGACGGCUCGCCCCUGUCAACCAUCCCAGGGGUGCGAAUGCAGUUCGGCAACGGUUCCCUCUAUUUUCCGCCGUUCCACGCCGAAAUCUACAGGCAGGACGUGCACGCGUCUGUCUACAAAUGCGUGGCCUCGGUCGACUCAGUCGGCACAAUCGUCAGCAGGGACGUCGUCAUCAGGGCCGUGGUUAACCAGCAUUACGAGCCGGAGGUGCAGAAUCCAGGUGGCAUUGUGGGCAACACGGUGAUCAUGCGGUGCACCGUGCCAGCUUUCGUCAAAGACUACGUCACCGUCACCUCGUGGUUGCAGGAGCCAAAUUUCAACAUCUACCCCUCAACCGUCAGCGACGGCAAAUACCACAUGCUUCCCAAUGGUGAGCUGCUCAUCAACGACGUGUCCCGCGCCGACUCUUCCAAAGGUUACCGCUGCCGGACGCACCACCAGCUGACCCAAGAGUCCGUGGUCAGCAUCAAUGCGGGCAGAAUUCAGCUGACUGAUAUACGAGGUCUGGUGCACCCAAUCCUGUACGACAAAUUAGUGACGGUGACUGCUCGUGUGGAUGACACGGUGGUGAUUCCGUGCGUGGCCUACGCCAACCCCCGACCCAGCUACAGGUGGUUUCAUCGGACAGGUCAAAACCAGCAGGCCAACAUCGACGGGUCCGGGCGCAUGCUGGUGCGGGAGGGAACCCUUGUCAUCCCGAACGUCAAGCAAUCGGACGCAGGGUCGUACUUUUGCAACGCGAGUAAUUCACAGGGUAGCGAGGUGAUGGAGGUCAAACUGGCCGUGAACGCGCCUCUCGCGGUCACCAUGCAGCCCAACAGCAGACUGACCGUCGAUCUCGGCCGGAGUGCGGAAAUUUCUUGUGUGAUCAGCGGAUUUCCCCACGGCACGCCGAUCUGGUUGAAGGACGGCCAGCCACUGCGAAUUAGUUCCAGGGUGCGGCUCGCCAGCGCCGACCGGCUGCACCUGGGCGCCGUCUCGAAAGAGGACCGCGGCAUGUACCAGUGCGUGGUGCGGAGCGAACACGACAUGGCUCAGGGAUCGGUGGAACUACGGCUCGGAGAGGUGUACCCGCAGCUGGUGUACCGAUUCAUCGAGCAGACCCUGCAACCGGGGCCGUCGGUGUCGCUGAAAUGCAGCGCGUCGGGCAAUCCGACCCCACAAAUCACCUGGACGCUCGACGGCUUUCCGCUGCCUCAUGGAAAUGACAGAUUGAUGAUCGGUCAGUUCGUGAGCGUGUUCGGCGACGUGAUCAGCCACGUGAACAUUUCAUCGGUGCGCGCCGAGGACGGCGGCGAGUACGAGUGCGUGGCCGAAAACCGCGCUGGCACCGACAGGCACUCGGCCAGGCUCAACGUCUACGGCCAGCCGUACGUGCGACCGAUGCCAUCAAUUUCUGCAGUCGCCGGCAAACGCCUGGAAAUAAAAUGCCCGGUCGCCGGCUACCCAAUAGACACCAUCAUCUGGGAAAAGGAUGAUGUGAGACUUCCGACCAACAUCCGUCAAAAAGUGACCAACGGUUCCCUCAUCAUUGAAAACGUGCAGCGAAAUUUGGACUCGGGCUCCUACAUGUGUUUGGCGAAGAACAAGCAGAACUACUCGUCACAGAGGUCCGUCGACAUCAGAGUACUAGUGCCCCCGAAAAUCACGCCGUUCUCCUUUGGUCGCGACCUGAACGUGGGCGAACGCACGAGCAUCCAGUGCGUGGUGGUCACCGGCGACCUGCCGCUGACCUUCACGUGGCUCAAGGAUGGCGUCGUGCUGGCGGUCGGCGCCGCCGGCGCCGAACUGCGCGACGUGUCCGUUCGUCAGUACGACGACUUCACGUCGGCCCUGUCCAUCGGCAGCAUUUCGCAGGCGCACGGCGGCAACUUCACGUGCCGCGUGGCCAACGACGCGGCCAUCGUCGCCCACACGGCGCGCCUCCACGUCAACGUGCCUCCGAGGUGGGUGGUCGAGCCCUCCGACCAGAGCGUCGUGCUUGGCAAGUCUGUGGUUCUGCAAUGCCAGGCGGACGGCUUUCCCAAACCGACCGUCACUUGGAAGCAGGCGAUCGGAAAGCAGCCCGGCGACUACAGAGAGAUAGGCUACCGGAGUCAAAGACUGAGGGUCAUGGAGAACGGGUCGCUGGUUAUCGCGCGCGCCACUGAGGAGAACGAGGGCUACUUUUUGUGCCAAGCGAGCAACGGCAUCGGAGCCGGCCUCAGCAAAGUCAUCCAUCUCAACGUCUAUGCCGCCCCUCGUUUCAAAACGCAGUCCAAAAGUGAAACCGUCCGGAAAGGGGCCACCGUCCACUUGAAGUGUGAAGCGGAAGGCGACAAUCCUAUGGAUAUUGCGUGGAAGUUAAGAGGAAUAAUCGUUGAUUCAACCAGUGACGCAAGAUUUUCAGUAAAAAAAUCCCCCGUUCAAGUGGGUGGCGGUGCAGUUUCCGAACUCACAAUUCUAGACGCAAAUCACCGAGACCGCGGAGAAUACGUCUGCGUCGCCACAAACGAGUACGGCAGCGACACCCAAACCAACCAACUAAUGGUGCAAGAGCCGCCCAACUUUCCCCGCAAUCUGCACAUCACUGAGCAAACAAGCCGAUCCAUCGUGCUAUCCUGGGCGAGCAACCCAGAUGCCAAUAUUCCCAUCACCAGCUACGUCCUCCAAUUCAAAGAAUCAAAUGAUGUUUGGCACGAACAUAAUGCUCAACAAAUAAUACCCGGGGAUAAAACGACAGCCGCCGUCGAGGGACUUAAGCCGGCCACAAUGUACCAGUUCAGACUCUACGCGGAAAACCAGCUCGGAGCCAGCGAACCAAGUGACAUCCUUCACGGUAUGACUUCUGGAGAAAAUCCAGCUGGUCCUCCGCUCCAAGUGUCUGUAGAGCCAGUUUCUUCCACUCAACUCAGGGUAACGUGGCAACCACCUGACAGGGAACUCUGGAAUGGGGACAUUUUGGGCUACAACAUUGGAUUCAAAAAAGUCAACCACAAUUUGCAGGACAAUGGUUUCAAUUUCACCAGGGUGUCAAUUUCUGGAGACAUGCCCGGCGAUUUCAGACUGACCAAUUUGGAAAAAUUUACAAAGUAUUCGGUUGUGGUCCAGGCGGUGAACAGCAUCGGCGAAGGUCCUAAUUCAGACCCUUUCACUGUUUUGACACUGGAGGAUGUUCCUAGUGGCGCUCCUCAGGAAGUGAAAUGCUCUGCACUGACCUCCCAAAGCAUCCAGGUCACGUGGCAACCUCCUCUCAUGCUGAAGGUCCAUGGCAUAAUUCAGGGCUAUAGAGUCACUUAUGAACCUGCAGAAGAGUGGUCAGAUUCAAUGGGAACCAGUGAGACGAGGUCAACAGCAGGUUUGAACACCAUUCUGCACGGUCUGCAGCACUUCACCAACUACAGCGUCCAAGUGCUUGCCUACACCAGAGCAGGCGACGGAGUAAAGUCGACCAUCGUUUUCUGCCGCACUGAGGAAACGGUGCCCGAAGCGCCCGAGCGGGUCAAGGCGGCGGUCAGCUCGCCCUCGACGGUCAUCAUCAGCUGGCUGCCGCCGCGCAGACCCAACGGCGUCCUCACCAAGUACACGGUGCACCUGCGCUCCAGCUCGGAGGCCAAGGACAGAGUAUCCAAGUGGACUCUGCCGCCCACGCAGACACAGUACAUGGUGCAGGACAUCCGCAAAAGGAAUGGGGACAGUUACGAAGCGUGGGUCACCGCGUCCACCAAGAUUGGACAGGGACAAAACACUCCUGUCGUCAAACUUCACCCCAGCUCCUCAGUUCCUGCGGCCAUUGUUUCUUUCGGCCAAGCAAUCACUGUGCCUUGGAAGGUGGACGUCAAGCUGCCCUGUCAGGUGAUAGGAAUCCCACGGCCGUCGGUGGACUGGAAGAAAGGCGAUAUGAAAAUCCAAAAGGAGCACCGAGUUACCGUCAGCCCCGAAAACACCCUUGUCAUUUCUAGCGUGCAGCGAGCCCACGAUGGAAACUACACUUGCUACGCCAGAAACAACAUCGGUACCGACCACAUUACUUUUGCUCUCAGGGUUCAAGUUCCUCCGACGCAGCCGAUUCUUUUGGCAACGGCUGUGACCGCCAACUCGGUGCAGCUGCAGUGGAAACAGGGCGACAAUGGUGGUGCUCCAGUUAAGGGCUUUUUGCUUUCGUUCAAGAGAGACUCGCAUUCGUCCGAGUGGGAGGACGUCAGUCUCGACAAACGAUUGACCACCUACUUGUUGGAUAACUUGGACUGCGGCACUCAAUACCAGUUCAAACUUACAGCAUUCAACAAAAUUGGCAACGGUGUAUCAAGUAAGACUGAAGUCGCGCGCACCAGCGGCACGAAGCCGGCGCCUCCAACCCGAAAUCAGUUCCUGCAGCCGAACAUGUCUGCAGUUGUCCUCUACCUCAACACCUGGUCUGACGGGGGCUGCCCAGUUCAACACUUUGCAGUUGAGCUUAGGAAAAAUAACGCAGACUGGCAAACAGUGUCCAGCAGCGUCACUCCCCAGCCAAGAUAUUUAAUCGAAGGCCUCGAGCCGAGCACAAAAUACUUCCUCAGGGUCACAGCGCACAACAACGCCGGCACUGCCAUGGCUGAAUUUGACUUUGAAACAAUGCAUCAAUUUGGAGGAGUUACGCCGUCUCAUGGAGUCGUCCUCUCCGCCUCUGACGAAAGCUCAAUUUCCGUUUUGGACCCGCAAGUUUUGCUUCCCUCAUCAAUCGCCGUAGCCGCAAUUUUCCUCGUAGUCGCGGGUUUUUGCUACUGCUGGCGCCGAAAGCCAGACCAUGACGCGAUGCAAGAGUCGCAGGCCUCGAUGGCCAUGGACAACAAGCAGAACAUGGAGCAGCGGGAGCUCCAAUACUACGCCACGGUGCGCAAACCAAUGCCCUCGCCCAUCAGAGACAUCAGCACCCUGGAGAGAAUCCCAGAAUAUUCAGAGGACAUCUACCCCUACGCUACUUUUCACCUUCCUGAACAGGAAAACAUGGCGUCCAAUCCUCAGUUGCAGGCACUGCUGUACAACGAGUCGCAGCACGCGGCGGAGACUUUGCAGAUGAAGCAGGUCCGCAGCAGAUCGCUCGGUCGAGGCAGGGGCCGGCGCAAGUCAUUCAAAUCGGAGAGCGAGGAGUACGACACGCUGGGCUCCGAGGACGAGGAGGAGCCCCUUUCGAGUCGCACAGAGUCCUCCAGCCAGCUGCACGGAGGCCCUCCCCCUCUCCGGCCGCACCUCAAUUUUCUGUACCACAAUCAAGAAUCAAGUACGUCGACCGAGCCGUCACCAAUUUCUGAACGCAAGUCGAACAGACAUGGAAAAGUGAGGAGUGGGCAUAUUAGUCGGCGUGCGAUUCUGGACGUGGAUAACGUGCACUCCCCUCGACAGAAAACGGAUUUGCCCAACGGCUUCCACGAGUUCACGUUGGAGCCGAGUGAGGCAGAAUGUGAUAUGGACUCAUUGAAGAAACUGCGCCUCGGUGGCAUGAAAUUCUACUACAGCCCCUCGUCGGGCGGGCGGCACAAUUUGGAAGACUUCACCAUCGCCGUGUGAUGGGUUCCCUUAAUUUUUGUACAUAUUGAUAAUUAUAUAUUUAACUCAUUCUCUGUGAUGACUCAAGGCCAGUUACGCGCGUUUUGUAUGUCGUUUAUCCCACAAAAUAUAAACUAUACAGAAAAAAAUCUCAUUCACCCGAAAAAAGGAAAAUCUAAACCCAGGUUGUCAUUGUACUACCGCAUCUAUUGCAGAGCAAAACUCGUGUUCUAUCUGUCCAAGAAAAUAUACAAACUGUGUUUUAAACAAAAGCAUCCAAAAGCUUGUUCAAUGUUUGUAUCUGCGCGACUGCUGAUGUUCUGGAUGCUUGUACUAUUAUAUAACUUCAGCAAGACGGAAAAUAUUCGCUUUUUUAUUUCAAAGAAAAAUGAAAAAUUGCCAAUUUUUUGUAAAUUAAAAAGGCCUAAAUUGAAUUGUAUGGAUGAAGAAGGCGUGGGAGGAUGAAUGUAAAAAUAAAUUUAAACAAAAUGUUUUUGA